CAUAUUUAAAGAUGAAGAUUCUCCCUCCUUUAACCGCCACCAGACAACUACACCCAGGCCGGUGGUUGACGGCCUACAACUCCCAUCUGCGCAUGCUCUGCGUGGAUUGGCUGCGUCAUCGUGUCAAUCAGGCCCCGGUCCUUCCUUACCGCUCCUACAGUAAAUAUUUGUGUUUGCUCAACCGGCUGUAAUGGUGGACGAGUGAGGCAGAGUGCGACGGGAUCCAACAAAAGAGCAGAAGGAGGAGAAAUAAACGCCGAGUGUUGGAAAGUCUGCCUCAGAGCCAGCUGCCGCCACUUUUAGGAGGAAACGGACGGACUUCGGUCGAAAAAUGGAUGAACUCAAACAUCAAGUGAUGAUUAACCAGUUCGUCCUGACGGCGGGUUGUGCGGCAGACCAAGCGAAGCAGCUCUUGCAAGCGGCACACUGGCAGUUUGAGACUGCCCUCAGUGCCUUUUUUCAAGAAACAAAUAUUCCAUAUGGACAUCAUCAUCAAAUGAUGUGCACCCCCGCCAACACGCCGGCAACGCCCCCCAACUUUCCCGACGCGCUGACCAUGUUCUCCCGGCUGAAAGCCUCCGAGAGCUUCGCCAGCAGCGCCGGCAGCCCCAUGGCCGUCUCCAUGGCGACCUCGCCCCCGCCCCCACAGGCGGGCGGCUGGGGCGCGGCGCCUGGCGCGCCCAAUGCGCCGCAGCCGCAGCAGGGACUCUGGACUCCGCCCCCCACGCAGCCCUGCCCGCCCCCCUGGCCCGUGGGCGUCGCCCCGCACGCGGCCGCCGAGCAGAAGGCCAGCGUCGCCAUGGAGGCGGAGAGAUGAAGGACUGGAAACGGCCCCCCCGCCACCUCACUGUUGUCAUAGCGACGGUGAGAGGGGGGGGAGUGGGGCGGGUGGGUGGCAAUAAUUGGUAGAAACAGGAUUAGAUCGGAAAAAAUCUACGCAAACCGAGAAAAACUGAUUUAUGGAGGAUUAAAGAGAAACGCACACGGCCGAGGAUUCUAGUUUCAUUACCAGUAAAGAUUACAACAAGAGAUAUUCAAGAAAAAACAGAAAUUUAAAAAAUGUCACGCCCAAGGAUUCUCCACCAUGUUCAAUGACUUUCAAG